GUAUUGUGUUUGUUGUUAGGGAAAUGUUCUAUGCACUUGCCUGGACAACGAAUGGUAAACAUACAUUUUUAGUGACUGGUGGAAUCCGAUACACAACUUCAUUUUAUACAUCCUGCUGAAGGCAUUGCGUUCUUCUGCAGGAACAUCAAAGUCAUUAAGUACAAAAACCACAUAAAUAGUCUUCUGUUCCAUCCUAAACACUGGAAUCUAUUGAUAUGUGGAGGAAGUCAUGGAGAAAUCCAUAUCUGCAACAUUGGUAACCCAAUUCCACCAGAAUACGAGAAUGAACUUCAAUGUUAUGCAGAGUUUCUCUACCAAUAGUGAGAUAUUCAGCAUGAGCUACUGCCCUGUGAACAACAUGCUUCUUACUGGCUGCAACGAUGGACUACAGGGCUGGUGCUUCCCUGAUCCAAUUGAAGACAUCAAGCAUCCAAUACCUGUGACAUCGAAGAAGUUCAUAUUGCCGACUCGUAGUGGCAACAAUGAUGUGCAAGACCUUGUGGACUCUGUGGAAGUUGUAGGUGACGGAGUGGUGGCAACCAAGUGUGCACUACAUGGUGCCAUAUACCUGUGGAAUCUGACUGCUACGCUGGCUUCUGACAGUACAGAUGUAAAGCCCACCCAUGUGCUACGUUGGAGCGACACCGACAACUAUUUCAUGUUUAUUGGAGUACAAGCAGAGGCCGGCCUGCUAUGCUGUGGAGAUGACAAAGGAAUGCUGUGGCUCUACGAUCUCAAUCUGUUGCCUCCUCCCGACCCACAGACCCACAUAGCUGUACAUGCAUCCACUCUCUUACCAUGGCCAGAAAUCACCGACCGAUACACAGAGAAGAAGCGCAAACUGUCUGUCACGACUUACGACAUCGUCAUUGAUAAAGUGGCACUGUCUAGUGACAGGGACUACAUCGUUGCCGUUACCAACAAUAACAUGGUCUGUAUUUGGGAAAGAAGCUGAAGAUGACCACCAUUGUUUUUGUACUUGUGAAUAGUCUGUUUUGUGGUAAAUGAAAAGGUGAUAUCAGUCAACCAUUGGGGACAACAUUGGGGGAAAAUGUUUGUUAUUUCCUAAAUAUUACAGUAAUUGUAUUAUCUUCAAAUUUUUUACUUUCCAAUUAAAAUCAACAAGUUGAAUAAAGUAAGUGUUGUAUUCUAUGUUAUUUAGUGCUCAAAUUAUUUUUGUCACAUAAUAAUAUUUGAUGUAGUUGAUUUAUUAUAAACACUGUAUGCAAUAUUAUUUACAAGAAAAUAUACUUUAAACGACCAGAAGUAAGUUAUUACUUUAUUGCAUUCUAUCAAUAAAUUUCUCAGUUAUAUCAUAUUUUACUUGCUCUAUUUACUAAUAUUUUUAAUAUAUUUGUAGGAAUUUUAAUUGUUACUACAUUGGUUGUAUUUUAUAUUAGAGUAAGUCAACAAUUAUUUAACUGUUUAUUACAUUGAAAUAUAACAAAAUAGCAAUACAAUGUGAAUUAUAUACAUUUACACAUAAAAUUCUGAAUGUACAUGUUGUACAUUACUGUUAUGAAUAAUCUUUGUUGUGUUAUCAUGUUAGUGUUUUUAUAUUCUUACAAUAAAUCGUUUUAACAGAA